AUUUUGUAUAUCACAAUUUCUUUUCAAUAACCAAUAGAUUUAAAAUGUUAGACAUUUUCAGAUAUUAAAAUCUUUAUCAUUUGUUGUGGGUCAUGACCUUUUGGUUAAUUAUCAUUGAAAAUCGACUACCUUUUUCUCUACUGUCAAUGUCACUUCAAACAGUUCCUUAGACAUUAGUGUCACUUUAUAGUCAAAGUUGGCCUAAGAUGGUUGAUUGAGGUUUUGGUAGGGUUUCACCAUGUUCCCAUAGGCAAUAUCCUGUAACAUCGGAGUUUAGCCUGUUUAAUAUUAUUUUUAAAUAAUGUAAAUUGAAUUUUAAAUUCAACCAUUGUUUGGUUCUGGGGCUAUUUAGCAAGUAUGCACACGCAGAUGAAUUUUGCCUGAUUAGGACUAAAUUUUAUAGCAACUGAAAAUGGCAACAGAGUGGAGGAAAGUUGGAAAAGUAAAGAAACUAUGUAUUUAUCCAUUUAAAAGUGGAAAACGAAUCGAAGUGAAAGAGGCAGAAUGUACUAAGCAGGGUUUCCGAGAGGUGGAAAAAGGUCAUCGAAAGUUGCUAUUGAGAGACAGAUCAUUUGUGGUAUAUGAACAGAACUAUCUAGAAUAUCGAUCUGCCAAACAUUUUCCUAAGCUGGUUUUACUUGAAGUUAAAUCCCAUGAUGCUAACAGCAUUGCUUUGAAUGCUCCAGGAAUGGAACCUCUUAUUAUACCUAUACCAACAGGAAAAGAAGUGCAUAUUAAACAACUUAGAGAAACGAUACCUUUAAUUGACUGUGGAGAUAAAGCGAGUACCUGGAUAUCCACAUAUUUGCAAGGCGACAAACCCGGCUUGCGCAUUGGAUAUAAUAAUGGAACUAACAAAAGAAGUGCCGAGGUACAUCAAAAGCAAAUUGACUAUUGCAAUCGUGGUAUGACGUCAGAUUCUAUGGGUCUAAGUUCAAACAUGUGUGCUGUUAUGCUUAACAAUGCUGCGUCCAUAAGAGAUUUUCAAAAGAAAUCUGGUAUUUCUGAAAUAAAUGAGAAUAAUUUUAGACCAAAUAUUCUUGUGGACGAUGAUAAUUUAGAACCGUUUCUAGAAGAUCAGUGGGAGUAUUUAAAAAUCGGAGAUGUUAUAUUUAAAAAUGUUUUGGAAUGUGUAAGAUGCCUAUUGACCACUGUGGAUAUGGAUAAAGGAGUUCUAAGAAGUGAUAGGGAACCGUUAAGAACAUUGGGAACGUAUCGUGUCAGCAACGGACCAAAAAAGGAUCCUCUUAUGGGUAUUUUCUUGGAAGUAAUUAAGACUGGCAAAGUUUCUCUCCAUGACGAUGUUUAUGUGGGAAAUUAUUAAUUAAGUGACUUUUAUCUAUUUUAUCUUUAGGAGAAUUUAGUAAUUUUAUCAUUGUGUGACAUGUAAACGUAAAUUUUUUAGCAAAAUAUAUAUCUGUAUUAUU